AUGGCACUGACACCUGAGGACUCCUGUGAGGAGACACGUAUUCAGCCGGACUGUCGCUGCUCCGCUGCCACAUCCACAGCCCACGUUGGAUGGGAAGAGCCGCAAGUCAGUCUACGUCACGAACGUCGUUUACAUCCUGUGACGCUGCCGUGUGGACAUGACUUCUGUCUCACCUGCAUCCAGGCUGUGUGGGAGACAGACGAGUCUGCUCAGGGUCCCUGCUUCUGUCCAGAGUGUCAGAUCUUCCUCUCCUCUGACCUCCCUCUGCAGGUGAACAGCAGCCUUCAGACCAGAGUGAAGGACUUUACCUCUAACAGGACGUCAGCAGCAGAAAGAGAGAGCAGGGCGACCAAAUCAUCUUCCCCGAUCCUCUGUGAUCACUGCAUAGAGACUCCGUCUGUAGCCAUCAAGACCUGUCUCACCUGUGACGCCUCGCUGUGUCAGGCCCACGCCCUGCAGCACCAGCAGAGGUCUGCUCUGAGGGAGCACACGGUGGUGGAGGUGACGGGGGAUCUUCUGUCUCUGAAGUGCAGGGAGCACCGCGAUGAGCUCAAACUCUUCUGCACAGAAGAGAGAGUCCCUGUGUGCUGCCUGUGUGUGCUGGUCGGCACGCACAAGAACCACCGGGCGCUGCAGCUGCACGAGGCCUGUGCAGACUUCAAGAGCAUGUUGGAGAGCACCAUGAGCCAGCUGCUGAAGAGGAGAGGGGAAGCAGAACACACCAUCAAAGACCUGGAGUCACUGUACACAGAAACAGUGAAGUCUGCUGCAGAAAUCAGGGAGAGAGUGUCGGAUAAGUACAGCAGGAUCCGUGUGGUCCUGGAUGGAGACGAGCGUCUGAUGAUGCAGAUUUUAGACGCAGAAGAGACGUACAUGACAGAGUGGUUGGAGGCUCAGAGGGGAAACAUGGAGGCUCACAUUAAAGAGAUCGACAGACUGAGAGCCUCCAGCAAAUCUCUCCUCCAGGAAACAAACCAUCUCAGAUUCCUGCAGCAAAUCAGAGCACAGAGUCUUUGCGACCCUUUGGAUUUAGCACCGAUCCAGGAAGUAGACCGAGCCCUGUGUGACCCAGAGAAGAUGAGGACAGUGGAGAAGCUGGUGGAUGACCUCUCCGUGGCUCUGUCCCAACACUUUCCUCGAAUGUGGUCAUAUCUAAGUUCUCCUGCGCUGGACUGCAGCACAGCCCAUCCCAAACUGGAGAUAUCAAGUGACAGGAGGCAGGUGUUCUGGAGGAGGCAGCCCGUCCCUGAAGCUCUGAGCCCUCGGCCGUACGACUCCCAGUACAGCGUCCUGGCUCAGGACAGUUUCACUGCUGGUCGACAUUACUGGGAGGUCAUCGUUCAGGAGAAACCGUACUGGCUGAUCGGCGUCACCACAGGGUCAGGGGAUAAAACAGAUCAUCAGAGUCAGAGUUCUUCCAGCGUGAAUUUGAACAGCACAUCCUGGUGCAUCUACCACGGAGAUGGACAGUACCUGGCCUGUCACGACACCCAGGAGAAGCAGCUGUCAGUGGGGAGGAGGGUCAGGAAGCUGGGCAUUCUCGCAAACCUCCUGAAGGGGGAGCUGUCGUUCUAUGAUGCUGAUUCUAUGAGCCUGCUUCACACUUUCUGUGUGCAGUGCACAGAGCCUCUGUUCCCCAUGUUGAACCCCUGCAUCGACAUGAACGGACUGAACCAGCAGCCGCUCAUUUUGUUUUACAUCAAAGACCUCUGAGAUCAAAUUUAAAGACAAACCACGGCCGGCUUUAGUGACUAUUGGUUCAAAGAUUGCAUGUUUUAAAAACUCUCUGCCCAAUCAUCAGUCAAAUAAACACAUUGAUCUUCUGUCGGUGAGAGCAGGGGCAUGUCCAGGGGGUCACUGACUCAUGAAGGGGUCGGUAUGACGGUGUGGUUUCAACCCGAUAAGCUGCUCCAAUGAUUUUCUGGCAUGUUUGAAGUUUUGGUCGUACGACUGAACACGCUCACAGAGUGAGAGCAGAGCCAUGAGCCGAUUCCCUGACUUCAGGACUUUUUCCCCCUGAUUGUGUCUGCACAAACUAAAAGACAACGUCUGAAAUCACAAUGGCAACAGCAGGCAUGUCUGUUUAACGCCUCUGAUCAUGAAAAAACAUUGGCAGGAAAUAUCAGCGGACCUCCAGCUGACAGGAAAUACAAGUUAUGAUUGAAGUUUCCACAGGCGGCCGUCACUGUAGUUUGAGCUAAGAUGCUUCACGUUAUAUGAGAGAGAGCUUAAAUUAAAUACUGCAUUUUUGUGUUUUAUGGA